CACCGAGUUUCAGUCUGUUUGUUUGCGGUGGACUAACGAAGUCUUGGAUUUCGUGAGGAAGAUGAGCAGUUUGGGGGAUGAAGCUCACGCUGAACGCUCCUCGGGUGGUGUGAUGACGAGCGAGUGAUGAGCCGCUGUGAGGAAUGUCCGUCUGUCUGCUGCUGGUCCUCUUCACUCUGACCGCAAACACUCAGGUGUCUUCUGGAAAGUCUCUGAAGCUGCUGCAGGAGCAAUGGAGGAUCUACACAAAUGAGUGCAUCCAGAGCUUCAUCAGCACACCGCCGGCCGCAGGACUGGUGUGUAACAGGACGUUUGAUCAGUACGUGUGUUGGCCUGAUGGAUUGCCGGGCACCACGGUUAACGUGUCCUGCCCGUGGUACCUGCCCUGGUACCGGAAAGUUCAUCAGGGGUUGGUUUACCGCGUGUGCGGCACUGACGGCAGAUGGGCUCAUGGGAAAAACACCAGCGAGUGUGAGCAGGAUGACCCUGGACAGAAGCAGUACGGUCAGAUCCUCAGCAAGUUCAGAGCCAUGUACACCGUCGGAUACUCACUGUCUCUGGCAGCACUGACUCUCGCGCUAGCCAUCCUGAUCAGCUUCAGGAAGCUGCACUGCAUGAGGAACAACAUCCACAUGAAUCUGUUCGGCUCCUUCAUCCUGCGCGCCGUCUCCAUCCUCGCCAAAGAUGCGCUGCUGGAUCAGAUGAACAGCGCUCAGACCGGCCCGCAUCACUUCCAGGGGCAGCGCUGGGUCAGCGCUCAGACGGUGAGCGGCUGCCGUGCUGCGAUGGUGAUGAUGCAGUACAGCGUCAUGGCCAACAACUACUGGCUGCUGGUGGAGGGUCUGUAUCUGCACAGCCUGCUGGUCAUCACCGUCUUCUCCGAGAGGAACUACUUCUACAUUUACCUCUGCAUCGGCUGGGGUGCGCCGCUCAUAUUUGUGCUGCCGUGGAUGACAGUCAAGUACCUGUAUGAAAAUGAAGAAUGCUGGGAAAGGAAUAUCAACAUGGGCUACUGGUGGAUCAUCCGUUCUCCCAUUCUGUUUGCGUAUCUGAUUAAUUUCAUUAUAUUCAUUCGUAUAAUAAAGAUCCUGAUGUCCAAGCUGAAGGCGCAUCAGAUGAGAUACACCGACUACAAGUUCAGGCUGGCCAAGUCCACACUCACACUGAUUCCUCUGCUGGGAAUUCACGCCAUCCUCUUCACCUUCGUCAUCGAUGAGUCCGUGUCGAAGGAGUCUCUUCUCAGGCUGAUCCGCCUCUUCUACGACCUCCUGUUCAGCUCCUUCCAGGGUCUGCUCGUGGCCAUCCUUUACUGCUUUGUCAACAAAGAGGUCCAGAGCGAGAUGCUGAAGAAGUGGAAGAGGUGGAAACUAGGCAAGGACAUCGAGGAAGAGUACCGUCACACCCACAGCCAGACGCCCCAUGCCAAAAGUGGCAGCAUGGCCCCGGCGAUGACCCACGAAUGCCCCGAAACCCCAGAGCUGGUGGCCACAGCCUCGGCAGAGUCCCAGCGUCUGGUGACGGGCCUUCAGAACGGAGUGAGCUGGAACCGGGGCCGCGUGAGGCUGCAGUUGACCGCCGAGCCACAGGAGGGUGCUAGUAACUGCAGCUCUCUGACAGAAGACAUUUGUCUGGAAGAGCGUCCCCUCAACAGUGAGUGCUCAGCAGCGGUGACAGAAACCAAUGUUUGAGGAACGUGACGCUGAUGGCUGUUUUUAACACUUAUGGAUCAAUGAAAUGAUGUUACAUUCCAGAUGUGGUCUUCAUGUUACCAAACAGGCCUCUAUCAUGAGAAAGAAUGGAGAUGUGGAUCUAGUAACCUUUAAAAGCAAACCGCAGUUAUCUCCUGAGUUGGUAAAUUACCAAAUAGUAUUAUUUGCAAUAUAUAUUUAAUAGACAAUGGACGAUUUUGGCUGGGAGUUUUAGUUAAUUUUUAUUGCAAAAAAAACAUACUAUUCUUUUGACUGAACAAUAACCUGGAAACCACCCAGAAUAACUUAUUUGUGGUGGAAAUGCCAAUUAUAUUUGCCUUUAUAGAUGCUUUUAACCGAAGCGACUUACAGUAGAGGAGCAUAAGCUAUUUGUUACAGAGCCAACAAUAUUCAAAGUAUUUAAUAACAGGCUUAUUAGAAACCUAGAUUAGCAGAAAGGAGAACAUGUGUGUCUUCGGCUGCUGCUUGAUGGUUGUGAUGGUCUCAGCAGUUGGAGUGGAGGUUGGCAGCUCAUUCCUACAGAGAGGAGCAGAGAGGGUGAAGGGUCUGGAAAAUGUCUUCAUGCCUCGCUGUGAAGGAAAGGCAAGGCACUUGGUUAUUUACCCACUCAGGAGUUAAAAUCCCUUUCAUUGUGUGACCCUUUAAGAAACGCUCACCAAAACAUCUCACACUGGCAGAUAAGCUGUGAGCAUCCAUAAUUCAGUUCCAUUUUUACUGAACACUAACCACGGACAGAAAAGGAAACUCAUCGCCUGCUCAUCGUCAAAACACCUGAGCUUGAUGUUUCAUGUGGGGUGUUCAGUUGGUAUCGUGACCAGGUGCUUUAAUAAACGGUGUCAGAGCCUCAGUGGAAGCUUUUAAACUUACAGUGGUUACUCCCUGUAUUACCAUCCACAGACAUCACUGGAGUGCCAUUCUUACAGACUACCCACAAUUCAUCGGGACAAAAAAAAAACAGCUCAACUGAGAGCUCAGGAAUUAUCUUUACGGUUCCCAUGUGAGGCUUCUUGGAUUGUGGCGAAUCUUUAACAGCGUUCAAGACCAUUACUUAACAUGACAUGCUUAAUCAUUCUGUAUAUGGGUGAAAAUAGUGUAUUUCAACGCAAGACUGAAACAGUCUCACUGUUCAUGAUGCAUUAUUUACUGAAGCAAACCACGAGGUACGAGAGGUUAUGUUAAAAUAAUAAGGAUGCAAAACCACAUUUUAGUGUCACAUGCCAUCUUCUGGCUUGAAGAUGUUGUCCAUAAUAUAAAAGAACGUUGCUAUGCACCAAAAUAAGCAGAAAUGCAGUGAUUUGAUGAGCAGGUGUUUUGUGUCAUAGCUGUUUUUAUAUAGAAGAUUUAUAUAAUGUAUUGACUAAUCAGAAGCCAAUUUUUGUUUUUCUUCAGUUUAUUAGAAUCAGUUUAGAAUGCUGCUAAUCAUUUCCAUUUUUUAUGCCUAUAAGGUUGACACUGAAAAGAGUUCAAACCUGACCACUGAAUCUCAAGUGACUCCCACCAAGCUUCAGUAACGUAUUAAUAACGCAUCAUAAACACAGAGCUUCGUAUGGAGUCCUGGACGUCAUGUGAUUGUGAUCUGCGUCAUUUGAAUGUUUUUUUGUGCUUUGUGGAAAGAAUUCGUGUGGAAGAGUUAAACUAUGGUACAUGUGUAAAUCAAUUUUGUUAUUGCCUGCGAGAACAAGAAGUAAAGAGGGAGCAAAAAAACGUCGAAACCGAAAGGAAAAUUGUAAAAAAUAAAACUCCCUGA